AUGUACUUUGGUAUUCACGGGUCCGAUCUCUUAGUAUACAGCUUCAAUAUUUUCUCUGAACAGCAAUGGAUAAACUCCGGCACCAUGGUAUUUCAGGGAGUCUAUGGACGAAAAGUACCAGUGAAAAUUAAAGGAAACAGUGAAAACAGACCACUGAUAACCAAUCUGGGCAAAAUUUGUUUAAACAAUGCUAUGUGGCGGACGCAUAUGGGUAUUGAAGGAAUCGGUUGUAUCAAUGUGGGUCCCUAUUCCCGCUUGAAUUUUGUUUUCGACGAGUCGCAAAUUAGAAACAGGCAAACUAUUGUUUUAGACUCUUACUCUGAGUUAAGGAUCUCAAAACUUGAUUUGGCUUCCUCUGUCCCCUACAUCAAAGUCGUUGGACUUGGAGAAAGUAAUGGUGUUACUGUCGAUGUGCGUAUUGAAAGUGAUAAAAUCGAUUAUUCCAAGGACACUGGAUUGCUUACCCUCAAGAAAUCUGGUCAGGACAUGAUACGCCUUCGAAUUGGCCGGGGGUAUGACGAGAAUAGAUUCAAUGUCACCUACAACUAUUUUGGAAGCACCUUGGUUUACAAGCAUGCGGCUCCAACAUUAAGCUAUGAAAUUUGUUCAUGCGAUAGCAAGUUUCCUGAUACUCCAAAAGUUCCUGCGUAUGAGUCGUGUUAG